ACGUUGAAAAAGCAAGGCAGGGCAAAUGAGGAAGAAAAAGAGAAGAAAAAAAUGGAAGAAAAGGCGGGAGCCAGAACGUGGGGAUGAGAGUUGGGUGGUCCAGAAUGUAGCAACACGGCGUCUUCACAAGUCACAGACUCAACUCAAAGGUUUCCUUCUUCGGUUCAUGUCCCCGAUACCCGCCGUUGCUCCUCCAUUGUAUCUGCUGUUCCCUCUGGAGAAUCAUAUUCAUAUUCAUGGCCACCGCUUGCUCUUCUACUCUGCCAUUCUCCAAACUGCCUCUACCGUUCUCCUCCGCCAAACCAAGUAUCAGCAUCCAUCCCUUUCUCCAACAACUCCGGUUUCCGCUCAGGGCUCCUACAUUUCCAUUUGCUCGGCUUAAGUCGAAGGGGACUGUCUUAUCUUCUCAAUUGCGCGUUCAUUUUGAAGACCAUGGCCUGGAAACCUCAUCCGACAAUAUCCACUCCCAACUCCAAGUUAAAAGCCGCAUUUGGAAGUGGAAGGGUUACUCAAUUCGCUACCAAUGUUCUGGAGAUGAUGGCCCUGCAUUAGUACUGAUUCAUGGUUUUGGAGCAAACAGCGACCAUUGGAGGAAAAACAUUUCUGCCCUUGCUGAAUCACAUAGAGUUUACGCUCUUGAUCUUAUUGGUUAUGGAUACUCAGACAAACCAAAUCCAGAUGUAGUAGGAGAAAGCUUUUAUACAUUUGAGACAUGGGCUGCCCAGCUGAAUGACUUUUGUGUUGACGUGGUUCAGGAUGAAGCAUUUUUUAUCUGUAAUUCUAUAGGAGGAGUAGUUGGUCUUCAGGCAGCAGUUAUGAAACCGCAGAUCUGUAAAGGUAUUGUUCUUCUAAAUAUUUCUCUACGUAUGCUUCAUAUUAAGAAGCAGCCUUGGUAUGGGAGGCCAUUGAUCAGAUCAUUCCAGAGUUUGCUGAGAAAUACUGCUCUAGGAAAAUACUUCUUUAGAACUGUUGCAACCCCGGAAUCUGUGAAGAAUAUUCUUUGCCAGUGUUACCAUGACACCUCCCAAGUUACAGAUGAACUAGUGCAAAUUAUCCUCAAUCCCGGAUUGCAGCCAGGCGCAGCAGAUAUCUUUUUGGAGUUUAUUUGUUACUCAGGCGGGCCCCUUCCUGAAGAACUUUUGCCUAGAGUAAAGUGCCCUGUAUUGAUAGCAUGGGGUGACAAAGAUCCGUGGGAGCCAAUCGAGCUUGGAAGAAAUUACAGAAGUUUCGAAUCUGUGGAAGAUUUUGUUGUCCUUCCCAAUGUUGGACACUGUCCUCAGGACGAGGCACCUCAUCUUGUAAACCCGCUCGUCAAGUCAUUCGUGUCGCGUCAUGCUACAAGAUCUGCAUCUGCAUGCACAUCCUCAGGCGUAUAAUCAUCUAGCACCCGGAGAAUCAGCUCUUGGUUUUGAAACCGAAAGUAUGUCUUAUAAUCACCUUGAAAUGAUUUUCCUCAAAGGGCAACAUGCCUUGCGUUGCACAGGAUAGCUGCGUCCUGACAAACUUGUGGUUCAAUCAAUCUGUACAGCAGUGCGAGGAUAUUGCUUGUACGCCCCCCCACACCAUAUUCAUAUAUAAUUAUAUAUAGCUGCGUUAGUUUGUUUA